AUGGUUGUCCUUGCGGCGUCGAUCUGCACCCGAGGCGGGAAAGCUGUCCUCUCCCGCCAGUUCAGGGAGAUGCCACGAUCCCGCAUCGAAGCCCUCCUCGCGUCCUUCCCUAAACUGGCCGACAGCGGUACCCAGCACACCACCGUUGAGCAGGACAAUGUGCGCUUUGUCUACCAGCCGCUCGAUGAGCUCUACAUGGUCCUCAUCACCAACCGACAAUCGAACAUCCUCCAGGACAUCGACUCCCUCCACCUGUUCGCGCAAGUUGUCACCAGCACAUGCAAGAGCCUCGACGAGAGGGAGAUUGUCAAGAAUGCCUACGAACUUCUCAGCGCCUUUGACGAGCUGGUGACCCUUGGUUACCGGGAGAACCUGACCAUCAGCCAGAUCAAGACCUUCCUUGAGAUGGAGUCUCACGAGGAGCGGAUCCAGGAGAUCAUUGCGAGAAACAAAGAGCUCGAGGCUACCGAGGAGCGCAAGCGCAAGGCCAAGCAACUGGAGAUGCAGCGCAAGGAGUCGGCUCGCGCAGGCCGCGUCGGCGGCGGAAUGCCCAGAACCCCCGUAUACCCGACCUACACUCCCCCUACUCGCCCGACCACGACGGACACAUACGAUUCGUACGAGGCCGAGAAGAACAAGACCUUCAACAAGCUGAGUGCCCCCAAGGGCAAGGGUAUGCAGUUGGGCAAGAAGUCCAAGACGACCGACAUGUUCGAGCGUGUUCGUGGCGAGAUGGGCGCCGAAGUCGACGACACGCCCCUUAUCACUCCGGCGCCCGCCCACGCCUCGGAGCCAGCAGCCGAAGCUCGUGUCUCCUCAACUUUGGAUCGUGACGCGAUUCACAUCGUCGUCAACGAAGCCAUCAGCGCCAAGCUAUCACGAGAGGGUGCUCUGAACUCUCUGGCAAUUAGCGGUGACCUUAACCUCCGCAUCUCCGACCCAAGUUUGACCAAGGUCAAGUUGAACUUGACGGCAAACCCUUCCCACGGUGCCCAGUUCCGUACGCAUCCCAACGUCGACAAGAACCUGUUCAACAGCUCCAAGGUUAUUCAGAUGAGCAACACUGCUCGUGGUUUCCCCACCAACCAGUCGGUGGGUGUUCUCCGCUGGAGAGCAACGGCCAAGGCGGACGAUACCAGCGCUUGCCCAAUCACUUUCACUGUCUGGAUCAACAAGGAUGCAGACAAGUACAACAUGACAGUGGAGUACGAGUUGACAGGCGGCGACACGCUCAAGGACGUCAGCGUCAUUAUCCCGUAUCAGGCCAGCGAGCCUGUGGUGUCGAGCUUCGACGCUUCAUACGAGGUUUCCGGCGACUCUCUGGAGUGGAACAUCGGCACUGUGUCAGAAGAUAACCCAAGCGGAUCGUUCGAGUUCGAGGCUGAGACAAACGACGAGAACGACUUCUUCCCCAUGACGGUCAGGUUCUCGAAGACGACGCCCUUCGUGGAUGUUGAUGUCCUUGGUGUGUCUUUGCUCGAGGAGGAUGAGGAAGUGACCUUCUCUAAGGAUAUCAAGUCUCACGCUGACAAUUUCUUGAUCGAGUAA